AUGGUGACAUGUACUAUGAAGAAAAAUAAACCCAGAGUAGGUGAGAGAGUUGAUGAAGAUAAUGUGGUCCUGGCCCUCCCCGAUCAGCAGCUGGGGGUCUCCUCUGCCCCGGGCCGGGCCUGCGCUCCGACAGCUCCUCCAGGAACCCAAAUUCUGCAGGCCUCGCCCCCCACUCGCAUCCCACCAAGGCCCCCUUCCGGCGUCGCCGAGCCCGAGCUCAGUCUCCGGCUCCCCCGGCUAAGGGACGAUGAGGCAGACCUCGCGCCUCAGGUCCCCUCCCGCAGUCGGGCUGCCCGGGCCGGCGCGCGCACAACAGGCGGCACCCAGGAAUUCGGGGCUCGGGGGCUGGCGCCGCCGCCGGGUCACAGAGACAGGGCGCGAAGGGCAGGCGCCCCCAGCCCAGGGCGCCGGCGACCACCGGGAAGCCGAGCGCGCGCACCGUGCCCGGGGGCGCAGCCCGCAGCCCCGGCCGGCCUCCCGCCCUCGCCGCAGACGCGGCCCCGGAGCUCCGCUCCUCCCCCGCCGCCCGGCUCAGCUGCCCCGGGGCCCCGUCCUCCCUUCCCGGCGUGGGCGAGCUCCGACUCGCGGAAAAGCGACCUUCCAGCCCGGUGCCCGACGCCCAGAGCCGAGGCAGCGACGAGAAGGCGAAGAAAGACGCAGAGAAGGGGACACCGCCUGGGCUGGGGCUCGCGACUUCCAGAAGCCCUCCUGAAGUUCCGUCCAGCCACCGCCACCCGGCCGGCAAGGGGCACAGUGAGCGGCCGGGGCGCGGUGGCCGGGCUCGGGGGGCGUCCUGGGGAGCCGGGUUCCUGGUCUUACCUCAGAGAAAGCUCGCAGCACCAGGCGUCGGACUCCCGUCAGCUCUCAGUGCCUUCCUGCGGCCGCCACGCCUGCCCCACUGCUCUCAGCCCCUUGGCCUGGGCAGCCGGACGAGCGCUCCGCGUCCGCCCCGCCCCUCACCCACGCCUCCCGCCCCGCCCCCCUGAGACUCCACCCCCGUCGACCCAGAGGAGGUAG